UGUUGAUCCUUUCCCCUUGUGUCUGUGUUUAGUGUGACAGUAUGCAGAGUCUGUCAGUGCAGGCACUGGCUCUGCGGCAGCUGGGCAGACUGAACUCGCUGCAGCUGCUCUCACCGUGCAAUGGCUCUGGCCUCAUCAUGUGGUGCCCACAGACUUUACAUGCUCGUCAGCUGUGGGGUUCAGCCACUCCCCAGACGCACCGGACAGCCAUGUGGCCAAAAUCGUGGGAUGCUCGGCAAAGCUGGUUGCUCCAUCAAACACGGCUCAAGAGCACGAGAAAGAAAGGGAAGCAGAAAGUAGUGCAGCAGGAGGAGGAGGAGGAGGUGGAGGAGCAGCAGGGUGCAGAGGCUAGUGAUUAUGAGGACGAGCUUCAAGAUGACCCAGGCCUGCCAAAAGACUACAAAGACCAUGAAAAAACUGUCCCGUCUCUACGUUUCGAUCUGCUUUUGAAGGCUGGAUUGGACAUUGCACGACAUGGAGUGGAGGAUGCUUUUUAUAGCCUCAAAUUGAGACUGAAUGGUCAAAAGCUCUCAAAAAAGAGCAAAAUGGUUAAAGUGGGGGAUACACUGGAUCUGAUUCUAAAUGAGGACAAGGAAAUGGACACAGUCUUGCUGAAAAGAGUGAUCUUAAAAAAGGUGGUUGGAGAGACAAAAGAUACAGAAAAGCAGAGAGUCGUUCUAAGAAGCUGGAAACACCUACAACUUCCCAGAAAGGAUGUGUACAAGCAGUGAAGACCAAUUCUAUGAUGUUUAAUAGGUGAAAGGUCAGAAACUGUGACAAAAGUGGUAUUUCAUAUUCCACUCUCCAGCCGUUUAAUUCUGAAACUGCAGAUUGCGAAUUCAAUGAGGUGUUUUCUCUGCACAACAAAAACUGACGGACUUUCUCACAUCUGUUCACUUGACAGUCGUUCUCAUAACUUUCAUACUACUUGAAGAUGGAUUUAAUGAACUUUACAGGUCACAAAUGGAACACAAAUACA